AGGAUAAAAAUGAAAUUGCUAUUAUAUACAAAUAUAGCUGCCUUUCCAAACGUUAUACAGUUGCGCUAACAGCAAUUGCAUCUUGCGCAUUUUUAGCUGCCAUUAUAGUUCAAAUUUCAUUGUUAAUAAUUGAAACUCAUGUAUCGAUGAACGUGUCUCAAUCGCAUUAUUUACUAAUUACGACAGAGUAUUUUGUCGAUCAAGAAAAGUAUUUUUAUUUGAUUCUUUUGCACAUGAUCGCAUUACUAUACUCUGAAGUAAUUGUAGGAUUAGGAAUAGGUACAAUGCUUAUUACAUAUCUUGAGCAUACCUGUGGAAUGUUCAAAAUUGCUAGUUAUCGUAUCGAGCAUGCAGUAAACAUUGAUAUUUUACAAAAUAUUACAAUAAAAAAUAAGAUUUUGAUGACCAAGGGCUUAAUUUAUGCCGUAGAUAUUCAUCGUCAAGCAAUGAAAUUGUCCAAACAUUUAUUGUCCACAUUCGAGAUAAUGGUAUUUUGUAUCACGGGAUGUGUAGUAGCUAGCUUUAGUUUCAACAUGUUUCAACUUUUCCAGAUAGCAUCAUCUAAAAAUAAUAACAAAUAUUUACUACUGCCGUUUAUAUAUGCGUCUAUAAGCAUCAUAUACAUGUUUAUAGCAAACUAUAUUGGGCAGCAUGUAAUUGACCACAAUAAUGACGUAUACGUUACUGCAUUCAACGUUCAGUGGUAUAAAACUCCAUUACAGGUACAAAGAAUAAUACUAUUCCUAUUGCAAAGAAGAGUCAAGGAAUUUGCUUUAAAUAUCGGUGGAAUAUUUGAUGCAUCCAUAGAGGGUUUUGCUACGUGUAGAUAUAGAUAUUUCCCUGCUAAAGAAGGUGAUUAA